GGCGGGCUCCGAACUGCCCGCGGAGCCAGAGCUUGGGUGCGUGGGGGUCGGGAGUUUCCCCAGGUCACGCAGCGGGGAACUAAUUGGAUCCCUCCACUAUCAGGCCUUCCACUUAACACACAGCGUUUCCUCAUUUGCCCGGACACGCACCGCAGGCGCAGGGCCCGGGUGCUCAGCGCGGCUGCCGCCCCCUCCCUGCUCAAGCCGCCCGCACGUGGGCGUCCCCCCUCCCCCCGCGUCGGGAAACUCCGGAGACGUGACGUAGCGCCAAUCUGCGGCCGCGGAUUGGGUCGCCAGAUGCGCCGCGUCGCCGGAAGUGACGCACGCCGGAAGCGGCUUUCGGCCGAGAAGUUGGGGGCGCGGUUUUGGAAAUGAGCUCCGGAACACUGACCGUGACCGAGCGGGUGCGCGUCAGUUUCCCAGGCCGGUUUUUACGCCGUCACCUGUCAGUGUUCUGUUUUUGAUUUUCGUUCCUUUCCCCGCUCCCCCCCCCCCCCGUGCUGUUCUUUGCAACGUGGGUGAAGUGGCCUCACGGUGAUUUAUUUCCCUGAGCGUCCCUAAAGGAGGACCGUGGACGGGCGUGGCGGAGGCGAGGAAGCCGCCGCGAACUGGCGACGCUCGAGGAAGCGUGGAUGUACCUCCGCAAAAGCCGAAUAUAGCUUGCAAAGAGCGGCGCGAUUUUCCCUGGCCAUCUGGUGGUCGCGGCGCGUGUGGCUGGUUACUCACCGUCGACACGCUGCUCCCUGCUAACUCGGAAAGAGAGAAGUCACCGUUGCCCAGCAUUUUUCUUGGAGGAGGACAAAAAUAGCAAACAUGUCUAUUUUCCCUAAGAUAUCUUUGAGACCUGAGAUUGAAAAGUAUCUUAAAGAGGGUUUUAUGAAUAAGGAGGUUGUAUCUGCUCUAGGUAAACAAGAAGCAGAAAGGAGAUUUGAAACUCUGUUAAAUCACUUGUCACACCCUCCGUCGUUCACAACUGUCAGAGUAAAUACACAUCUAGCCUCAGUGCAACAUGUGAAAAACCUGUUGUUGGAUGAGCUUCAGAAGCAAUUUAAUGGAUUAAGUGUUCCUAUUCUUCAACAUCCAGACCUUCAGGAUGUCUUACUUAUUCCUGUUAUUGGACCUAGGAGGAAUAUAAAAAGACAGCAACGUGAAGCAGUUGUUGGAGCCCAGUGUGGCAACGCAGUGCUCAGGGGAGCCCAUGUCUACGUUCCUGGAAUUGUGUCAGCUUCGAAAUUUAUGAAAGCUGGAGAUCUUAUUUCUGUAUACUCCGAUAUUAAAGGCAAAUGUAAGAAAGGAGCCAAAGAAUUUGAUGGAACAAAAGUUUUUCUUGGCAAUGGGAUUUCUGAACUAAGCCGCAAAGAAAUCUUCAGUGGGCUACCUGAACUGAAAGGUAUAGGCAUAAGAAUGACGGAACCAAUAUACCUCAGCCCCUCAUUUGACAAUGUACUGCCCAGCUUCUUAUUUUUACAGAAUUUGCCAUCUGCUGUAGUAACUCAUGUUCUGGAUCCUCAACCUGGAGAGAAGAUUCUAGAUUUGUGUGCUGCACCCGGAGGCAAAACAACACACAUUGCAGCACUAAUGCAAGAUCAGGGAGAAGUAAUAGCACUGGAUAAAAUAGCCAACAAAGUAGAAAAAAUAAAACAGAAUGCUUUAUUGUUAGGGCUGAAUUCCAUCAAGGCGUUUUGCUUUGAUGGAACAAAGGCUCUUAAACUCGAUAUGGUUAAGGAUGCUGAAGGAAAACCUCCAUUCUUACCAGAAUCUUUUGACCGAGUUCUUCUUGAUGCACCGUGCAGUGGAAUGGGACAGAGACCAAACAUGGCUUGUUCUUGGACUUUGAAAGAAGUGACAUCAUAUCAACCAUUGCAGAGAAAACUCUUUACUGUGGCGGUGGAGCUGCUGAAGCCUGGAGGCGCGCUGGUCUACAGCACGUGCACCGUCACGCUGGCAGAAAACGAAGAGCAGGUGGCCUGGGCCCUCGCAGCCUUUCCUUGCCUCCGGCUUCAGCCCCAGGAACCACAGAUUGGAGGAGAAGGAAUGAUGGGGGCUGGCCUGUCACUUGAACAACUGAAACAGCUGCAGCGAUUUGAUCCAUCUGUUGUGCCAAUACGGGACGUGGACCUCGGUUCCCUCGGAGGUGCCAGGGUAGAAGACCUGAUUUCGCUGGCAAAUAAAGAUUGUAUUGGUUUUUUUAUUGCAAAAUUCAUAAAAUGCAGAAGCACGUAGAAGGAUCCAUAGAAAUGAAAGCUCCAAACGUUAGCUGUAUGCUUUUUAGUUUUCUCCCUUCCUUUCCUCCCUCCUUCCUUCCUUCCUUCUUCUUCUUUUCUUUUUUAAUCAAACUGUUGUUGAGCCUGGUGAUUGAUGGCAUAGUUGCUAAGGAAACAGAAAAAAGGCUGCCAGCUGUUGCACCAGGGACCAAGAGACUUCAUCAAGAGACUGCUUCACGGAGGAGGUAGUUGGGGGUGGUACAAGAUCAUAUUUUGUGUUUAAAAUAAUUUUUUUUCCUUAAGGACUUAGUCCAGUAAAGAGAAAAGGAGAUGCCUACAGAUGCCUGGAGCAUUUUUUCAUUACGGUUUUGUUUUAAUGUGUGAAGGAUGCAAAUCAAUUUUAAUGUGAAAAUCUGUGAUGAUAACAAGAGGAAUAAAAUGAGUAAUAAUUUGGUAAAAAGUGGUGUUUGUUCCUGAGAGUUCCUAAGUGGUAGCAGUUCCCUGAGAAUUCAGGGUCUGGGAACUAUAAGAGUAUGUUUUCCAUGUACUCCUAUCUGAGUUACCAUUUGAUCAGUCAGCUCUUUGAAAUGAUGUCUGGACUUCUCCUAAAUGGUAGUGUGCCUUCACCAUGUUUUCUUUUUCUUCAUGCUUUUAAGCUGAAGACGAUAAUAUUUUCUUCACUCUGUAGAUUAAAAUUACAACAGUUUGGGUACUUUUUAUCAUCCACUGGAAUACCUGUUGUGCAAGUUACUGCGAUGUGAUUAGUGAGAAAGAAGCAAGUAGCUUCGGUAGCUGGGAACUGGAUCAGCACUUAGAGCCAGAGCCACCCCUGGGGGUUCUGUGGAACAUCAGCACCUUCACAGAGCUCCCGGCAUGAGACAAAGCAGCCGUGAGUAUGGUAGAUCAAGACAAAAGGAGAGCACCUCGUGAUCAACUCUGGAAUCCAGCAAAACCACGAACACCCCCAAAAGUGACCAAAUGUGCCACUGCUGGUGGCCAUGUGACUGCUCUUGUUAAAAAUUAGAACCUUAGGCUGGCUUCUCCCUACUGCUUUGUAGAGAAGAUACAUGAAAAUACUCAGUACCCAGCGCCUGUAUUGUGUUAAAUACAUUUCAGUGUUUCGUUAACUUCCAUCUGAAUCAUCUCAGGAUCUCUCGGCCUUGGGCAUAUGAAGUGGACAAUUGGGAACAAUUACUU